UCCUUCUUCACUUCCAACCCUCUCCCUUUUCCCAAACCCUAUUUCUUCACUUCCAACCCUCUCCCUCUUCCCAAACCCUAGAAAAUAUUCCAUCAAUGUUGCCAUUUUCGUUGUUGGUGGAAGCUAGCGUUGGUGGGCGUUGCUUUCUGACGGCCAUUUUCAUCCGAAGGUGGCGACAUCUCCCCACCGUGAACUCGAUUCUUCUCCGUUCCCUCAAGGAUCACUAUCAAGAAGCCGCCAAAAUGAACAUGCUCCUGUAAUCUCUCUCUCACUCUCUUUGUCUGUUAGAGUUUUACUCUAGGUCUAGACACAACUACUCUAAACUCACAAGGUUCGGUUCUGAAACGCAACUACGAUGAGGAAGGGGUAAGCGUCUACGUCAUGCGGUUGUUGGCCCCCAAGGAUGAGAUUCUAACCUGGACCAACACUUAUGUCGACGUCUCCAAACCCUUGCGGAAGGAAUCGUUGAUUUUCCUCGUACGAAGGAAUAGUUGAUUUUCCUCUACGGUUUGUACGAGGACGAUUCACUCUUCUUCAGUCUUCUAGCUGAAAAUAUUAUUUCAUGAUUUCUGAAUAGUUUGUAAAGUUUGUAUUGAUGGAGCUAAUUCGAUCUUUGUUCUUCUCUUUUUAAUUUUGAAGGAUUAUAGGAACAUAAAUCUUUAAUCAGAAUGUAGCAUGGAUCUUGCUCUGGUGUUAAACUACUCCUGUUUUAUUUUAUUUUUGCAAUGUAAGAAGUUAUUGGCUUUUCAAUUUUUCAUAGAAGAACAUGCAUUUUUUAUAUCAGAAAGAAUGUUUUUAAAAAACUUGUCUUAUGCAGUCAUGUUGAAUAAGUAUUUAGGAAUGCAAUCUUUCAAACAAAAUUUGGUGCAGAAAAAGAGGAGGAAAUUCUUUGGCUUGGUCAAAUUUAAGUUGACAAUCUUUUUGAAGCUAUGCUCAAUGGUCAUCUUUGCCAUAAGGUACUUGGUUUGGUUGAAGAUGAAUUCAGGACUUUUGAAUCUUCUGUUGCAUCAGAAAUUCAUCAGGAUGUGGAUGUUAACCUGAUUAUAACAAAUUACUGUAUGCCAAGAAUGACUGGUUAUGAUCUGCUGAGAAAAAUCAAGCACAGAGCACUGAAGGAUUAUUUUGGAGACACAAAACCUGAUAUUGGUGUUGGAAGUUCUGCUGUUCAUGAUCAUCUUUUCCUCUCCCUUUGCAAGGAAGCAUAUGUGGUGAACAAUGAAGAGAGAAAGAACAACUUUAGCUCAGUGAUGCCAAGGGAAAAAUAUCCAAAGCCCUUAAUAUUUCAUGAUGGAAGACUAGCAUUCCUGCCUACACCCUCAGCAGCUCUGGUUAUGUUCAUGUGGUUUCCAUUUGGAAUUCUUUUGGCCAUUUAUAGGUUCCUUCUAGGCAUUGUACUUCCUUAUGGAUGGACAUUAUCAUUAGGGGUUUGGAGUGGCUUGAAUCUCCAAAUCAAAGGGAUUCUCCCUGAAAAGUCAGAGCAAAAGCAAGGGGUCCUCUAUGUUUGCACUCACAGGACUCUUCUUGAUCCUGUUUUCCUAAGCACAUGUUUGGCAAAGCGUUUGACUGUAGUGACAUACCGCUUGAGUAAGGUGUCUGAGCUGAUAGCCCCUAUAAGGACAGUGAGACUACCAAGGGACAGAAAAAAAGAUGGUGAAACAAUGCAAAGGCUUCUGAGAGAAGGGGAUUUGGUGGUUUGUCCUGAUGGAACAACUUGUAGGGAACCAUAUUUACUGAGGUUCACCUCACUUUUUGCAGAAUUGGCUGAUGAGAUUGUGCCUGUUGCUAUCAAUACUCAUGUGAGCAUGUUCUAUGGGACCACUGCAAGCGGGUUGAAAUGCUUGGAUCUUAUUUUCUUUCUGAUGAAUCCAAGGCCUAGCUGUUACAUUCAGGUUCUUGGAAAACUUCCCAGAGAACUUACAUGUGCUGGAGGAAGAUCAAGCUAUAAAGUCUAGCCGAUGCUUUGGGAUUUAGUAUGUUAAUUUAGUAUUGAACAUCUUUCUUUUUAAUAUAUGAAUAAUUAAUUGUUUAACAUAUUAAUAUGUUGAAUAAUAUAGUUUAUUUUAUAUAUAAUAUUUAGUUUUAUUUCA